UCCAGAGGCUGGAGUGGAGUAGUUCGAACGUUGGAUAGGAUUGUAUUUAAUUGUUAAUAAAAUGGCACAGAGCACAAGGCUCAUUGCAUUUUCCUCCGCGUGUAAUUUAUUCAAAAAUAGUUGUAAUGUUUCUUCACAUACAAUUAGAUCAUCUAGUACAUGGUGGUCUGGUGUAGAAAUGGGCCCACCUGAUGCAAUUUUGGGCAUUACAGAAGCAUUCAAAAAGGAUCAAAAUCCUAAAAAGAUUAAUUUAGGUGUUGGUGCUUAUAGAGAUGAUAAUGGCAAACCAUAUGUUUUACCAAGUGUUCGAAAGGCAGAAGAUACAAUUAAAAGCAAAGAAAUGGACAAGGAAUAUUCAGCAAUAUCAGGAAAUGCUGAAUUUUGUAAGCAUAGUAUUAAUUUGGCACUUGGUGAAGGUCAUGAUGUGAUUAAAAAUGGUUUGAAUGCUACUGUUCAAGGAAUUUCGGGUACAGGUUCACUUUUUGUUGGAGCAAAUUUUCUUUCCCGUUUUUUCCCUGGAAGUAAAGACAUAUAUGUACCAACACCUACCUGGGGGAACCAUGGUCCUGUGUUUAGACUUUCUAAUCUUUCAGUAAAAUCAUACCGUUACUUUGAUCCAAAAACUUGUGGAUUAGAUUUCAAGGGUUUUGUAGAAGACUUAUGUAAAAUUCCAGAAAAAUCCAUUGUUCUCUUCCAUGCGUGUGCACACAAUCCUACUGGUGUUGAUCCAAAACCAGAACAAUGGAAAGAAUUGUCAACACUAGUAAAAAAAAGGAACCUUUUCCCAUUUUUUGAUAUGGCAUACCAAGGUUUUGCUUCAGGAUCCAUAGAAAAAGAUUCUACAGCAGUUAGAAUAUUCCUUGAAGAUGGCAAUAAAAUUGCUUUAGCUCAGUCCUAUGCUAAAAACAUGGGUCUCUAUGGUGAACGUGUUGGAGCAUUUACAUUGGUCACAUCUAGUAAAGAAGAAACAGACCGUGUUCUUUCGCAAUUAAAGAUUUUAAUUAGGCCAAUGUAUUCUAAUCCUCCAAUCUACGGUGCCAGAAUUGUUAAUGAAGUAUUAGGAAAUCCCGAAUUAAAAAAACAGUGGCUCACUGAUGUGAAAGGAAUGGCUGAUCGCAUUAUUUCUGUUCGUCAAAAGUUGAAAGAUAAUCUUAAGAAACUUGGUAGCUCUUGUAACUGGACACAUAUUACAGAUCAAAUUGGAAUGUUCUGUUAUACUGGUCUUGAACCCUCUCAGGUGGAAAAACUUACAAAAGACUACAGUAUUUACCUAACAAAAGAUGGUAGGAUAUCCAUGGCAGGAGUAACAACAAAAAAUGUGGACUACCUUUCAAAUGCUAUGCAUGAAGUUACAAAGUAACUCAAUAUUUCUACGAAUAAUUCAAGAAUCGAACCACAUUCUGCCUUGUUAUAUUUAAAUAUAUAUCACACACAGAAAAAGUGGUAGCAUAUAAAUAUAAGUACCAUUAAGUCUAAUGCAUUUAAUCUUGCAUGCUAUUUUUAUAAAGUCACUGCAGGCAGUGUAGCCACCAACUGAAAAUUCUAAAUACAAUAUUCUGUUGUUAAUCUGUAUAUUCUAAUAAUUAAACAAUUAGUGUAGAA